AUGGCCGGAUACCAGGCAUCCAAGAACCUGGACAACAUCGUCCGGAAGUUUGGCGAGCUCACCGCCGAGCGCGAGAAGCGGGCCAAGACCCACGAGGAUGCGAUGCAAACCUUAGUCCGAGCACAGAGAGAACUUGACGACAAAGAGAAGGAGCUGAAGGCCUGCACACUGAAGUACGAGAAGUUCAUGCAGGAUCUCAAGGAGAAGCAGGCGAGGAGGGAUGAACUCCGGGAGCAGACGGAGGAAGCGAAGAGGCAGAUGCGUGCCUUUGCCGCAAGCGUCAAGGAGACCUGCCGAAAGACAACAUACCUUGCCGAGGAUGUCAAAGGCAAGUACCAUGCCGCUGAGCGCGCGGCUGAACGUGGGUGGUCUUGUAGACAAACUGGAACCAGUGUGCUCACACCGCGGCCAGGAGUCUUGCAGACGCCGCGGUGA